AUGGGCAAGCGCGCUGUCCUCAGCACCAAAGAUGUGGCACAGGCCCUGAGGCGAGGCAGUACUUCCAAGGAACAUGCUGCUGAAGCAGCCGGUUGCUUUCGUGCGACGCUGCGCAGAGCAGUGCAGCGACUCACGAGUCCGGAGACAACAUUCCGAAUAGUAUCCUUCGGCGAAGACCGCAUCGCCAUGGCCAGCAUUCCCAGACUGCUUCAGCGCCUCGCCGCCGAGACACCGUCGCUGGCCGAGGCACUGGCCGCGGCACAGCGGCAAGCUGGGCAGGACCCACUCAAGCUCGUGCUGUCUUUCGACGAGGCAACAGCAGGGAAUGUACUGGCGCCGGACCCACAGAAAAAAAGCUGCAUGAUCUAUGCAGCUGUGAAAGAGCUAGGUACCCAGUCAGCAGCACUGUGGGUGCCUGUCUGUGUCAUUGGGGCGGACACCCUGAAAAAGCAACUGCAGGGAAGCCUUGGGCCUGUGUUGCGCCAGUUCCUUCACUUUGCUGCCGAAGACAAGCUGGAAGAGGGCUUCCUCAUACAGUGUUCCAGCAGCUUCUUUCUGCGACUAAAGCUUGCCGCCGUCAUAGAUGAUGGAGAGGCAAUUCGUCAGGCCUUGAACUGCAAAGGCGCCUCGGGCCUGAAACCGUGUCAUGUCUGCAAAAACGUGCUCAUGAAAAAUCAUCCGCUGGCUGCAGCAGUUGCCAUGCACGGGUACGCCUGCGACAUCUGCUCGGCUGAAGUGGAGAAGUGGGACCUCAUCGCUGAUGAGGAACUCUUCGAGUUCUGCGACUUGCAGCAUGCACGUAAAGGCCAGAUCCCUGCGAGUCUCUUUGCAGAGGAGGAAACCCUGAGCGGCAUGGUGUACAAUCCCGAUGGCCUCUUGCAAGAUGACUUUGCCAGGAGACAGAUCCCGCCGAGCAAGUGGCUCUUCGACUUCCUGCAUAUCUACUACACGGCCGGAGGGUGUGCAGCAGUCGAGAUUGCCGCCAUCCUGCACGAGGCCGAGCGAGUGCUGCAGCAACCUGCAGACUCCUUGGCAUCGUUGCUGGAGGAGUUGCCAUGGCAAGUGCCAAGCCACGUGCUUGGAUUGUCUGGCCCUCGUUCCAGAGCAAGACUCCUGCACGCAGCAAGGCUGCCUGAGAAGUCCUACAAAGGAAAAGCAACUCACGUCAUGCAGCUGCUGCCACUAAUCCCUGCUCUGUUGGAACUCUUGGACGACUGCGACGAGCUCGCAAAGCCUUUAGCUAGCUUCGAAGCCUUGCAGAAGAUUCACUUGGAAAUCAACAACCUCAAACGACAGGAAGCUAUCUCGGACACAACGAGACUGCAGCAGCUCCAGCGGGAGCACCAUGGUCUGGUCCUCGCUGCCUACGGUGACGGGAUACUGAAGCCAAAACACCACUGGCGACAUCAUGCGGCCACACAGCUAGAAGCCUGGGGCGCCUACAUCGAUACAAGCGCUUGCGAGGCCAAACAUCAAGUCUACAAAAACGUUGCAAACAAGAACUUGGAUGUCUGGGUCUGCGGGCCACGCUGGUCCAAGGCCGUGCUGGACCGCAUGUUCUGCUCCUGCUUCCAGCAGUUGCAGCUGCAUUUCGACCGCCGUGCGCAGAUAUGCCGCGGAAAAGAACAGAAGGUCCAAUGGGGCCAACAGACCCUCAGGACCUUCAAAGAAGUCCAGUGGCAAGGUUUACACUGGAAGCCGGGGGACUUCCAGCUCGAACCUUUCCCGGGAAUGGUUGCGCGCUGCUGUGUGAGCUCUGCUGACAAGCCGUUCCUGCUGCUGCAGGAAUACAUCAUGGAGCAUAAAACUCGAUUCAGUGCCGUCUUUCGCAAUACAGGAAGGGUGCGACUGCUACAGGCCAUAGGUCGCUCCAAACUUGCUUCCUGGUGGCUCAUCGAAGACAAUGGUCUUUUGCGAGCUUUGCGGUAG